AUGUUCAGCGGAUCAUCUCCGGAGAACGGUGUAAUCCAUAACAUACUCUCCUACGAUACCAAUAUCAUGCUAGCUGCGAUUGUUUCUUUACUGCUUGUAGUUAUAUUUGUUUUGUUGUUGCAUAUAUACGCAAAAUGGUUCUUAGUUCUAGCCCGUCAAAGGGGUGGGACGUCAGGGUCGGUUCCGCAAGUAUUCGGGGCUCGGUUUCAUCAUUUUCACACAUUAACAGUUGAUACGAAUUACGCUAUUUCUCCAUCCAAGGGUCUUGAAUCUUCAACCAUUUCUUCGAUCCCACUGUUCGUGUUCAAAGGAGAGGAACACAAACGUGGACUGGAAUGUGUGAUUUGUUUGAGUUUAUUUGAAAAUGAAGAAGAGGGCAGGAGACUACCAAAAUGUGAUCAUGCAUUCCAUGUUGAAUGCAUUGAUAUGUGGCUCCAUUCGCAUACAACAUGUCCCAUUUGUAGAGCUCCUGUAGUAUCUGACAAUACAAAUUCUGCAGAUUCAAGUUCAUCACAAAACGAAGAGAUUCCGAAUCAUGGGUUAUCAGAAAAUGAAUUGCGGAUCAGCAAUGUGGAUUCUGUAUUGGAAAUCAUAGUGGCGGAUCCGAAUUCAGAAAUCGAAAAUGUACAGAUAAAUGAUUCAUCACCAUCGUCGUCCAUCGGGAGCUCACUGAAGAGAAUGUUUAGCAGGAACAGAUCUGAGCGGAAGUUUGAUUUACCUAGCAACGGCAAUGAAUCAAAUAUUUGA